UCGGCACGGAGCAGCGCCCCGCAGCAGGCCCAGCUCGUCGGGAUGGUGCUGCUGCUGGUCGUCAUGGGAGUGAGCGGCUCCGGGAAAUCCACUGUGGGGCAGCAGUUGGCAGAUAAGCUUGGAUGGAAAUUCUAUGAUGGUGAUGACUAUCACCCGGAUGAGAACAAAAAGAAAAUGGCUGAAGGAAUACCUCUGAAUGAUCAGGAUCGGAUCCCAUGGCUUUGCCUUCUUCAUGAUAUAUUAAUGAGGGAACAUGCAUCUGGACAAAAUGCAAUUUUAGCCUGCUCAGCUCUGAAAAAAAUGUAUAGGUGUAUCUUGGAGAACAGAGAGACCAACUGUCUGAGUGCGAGUGGUCAGCUAGAGAAACAAAAGGGACCUGUCCCACAAAAGAUCCUUUUUGUCCAUUUAGCCGGACCAAAGGACCUAAUUGCUAGCCGUCUAGGAAAAAGAAAGGAUCAUUUUAUGCCACCAGCUUUACUGCAGUCUCAGUUUGAUACUCUUGAACCUCCAUCAGCACCAGAAAACUUUAUCACUAUUAAUUUGGGAAGACCUGUUUCUGAAAUAGUAUCUGAAAUAGAAGAAUAUGUUAGAGGCUUGUAUUGAUACUUCAGGUUGGUUUAUGAAUUACAGGAUGAUCUCAAACAAG